UGUCUCUGGUGCAUGCCAGCUUAGGUGCACAUCAGGUGUUUGAGGAAUUGUCAUCCUGCACCGACAACGUCUUCAACAAUAGCAUCGGCUUCACACCCGCGCUCAUGGCUUAUGGUAUUGAUAUUCGUGUAAUCCAUGCUGUCAAGUCAAGAAGAAGUCAUGUUGGUAAGGUACUGACAAUUCUUCAAGCGAACUCUUUAUCCUCUAAGGAAGUUGAGAGGCGAUCAUGCAUUUCCUUGGAGGAAUUCAUAUGUAAUUACUUCUCGUGCGACACCCCCAUCAUAAUUAGUGGCACCAUCGAUCAUUGGCUUGCAAGGACAAAAUGGAAUGACAUUGAGUACCUCAAGGAGAUCGUUGGAGAUCAUAUUUUUGCUGUUGAAGUUGGGAAAAAUUACGUGUGUCGUGAGUGGAAGCAGGAGCUGAUCACAUUUUCUCAGUUGCUGGAUAGAAUGACGUCAAUUGUCUGUUCAUCAAACUUGACAUAUCGUGCUCAGCAUCCAUGGUUUGAGCAGUUAAAAGAGCUCAGUGAAUACAUGAUGGUUACCGAAUGUUGUUAUGCUGGUGCAGGGGAACUCCAAUCACUUAAUGCUUGGUUUGGUCGAGAGGAGACAGUGGCACCAUUGCACCAUGAUCCACAUCACAACAUCUUAGCUCAGGUCUUGGGCAAGAAGUAUAUUAGAUUCUAUCGUGCUGUCAUAGUUGGGGACUCGUAUCCACACACAGCGACUAUGCUAAGCAGUACCAGUCAGGUAGACCUUGACAACAUUGAUUUGAAGGAGUUUCCAACGGUUGAAAGCCUGGAAUUCAUUGACUGCAUAUUGGUAGAGGGCGACCUGCUUUACAUCCCUACUAAAUGGUGGCACUACGUCAGAUCUCUUCCCACCAGUUUCUCGGUUAGCUUUUGGUGGCACUACAAGGUUGUUGACUACUAG